UGUUAAUGGUUGCCAAGUCUGAUGAUACAGCAUCAAAGACUGACACAAGUUGAGAAUUUUUAACUAAAGUUCUUUGUUUGAAUAAUUUGAAGUAUAAAAUUGUCAAUGUCAUGGGACAAGUGCAACGAAUGUACUACUAACUGGUAAAAAGAUAAAUACACAAUAAAAUAUUGAUGUAUCAAUUUGCAUAGAACAAUUACAUGUCUUGAAAUGGAAGUGAUUUUAAUAGAACAAUUGAUAUCUUGGUAUAGCUAAACCAUGUUGGAAUACAUAGUCAACACUGUGAGCAUGUACAUGUUAAAAAAAAAGAUAUCAAUAUUCUUGAUAGAGUAUCUGAAUUUGAGUACCUAUCUCAUGGUCGUUCAUCGGGUUGCAUAGGUAUCAAUCUGUUCGAAGCUGUCAUCAUUAUUACCCCUAUAAAAUGCUUCAUAGAUGAGCACAGGUCUCUCUCCUCGAAAUUCAUAUAUAUAAUUAAUUCUAAAGAGACAGAUAAAUUACAUUUGUAAAAAAAAAUAGUAAGGGUUGAACCUUACCUAAAUUCGUGCGACUAAUCUAAACAUAGAAUGUUAUGGCGAACACAGUUAUUGCCUAAGAAUUGUGGUUACAGAAUAUACUGGCAGGAGUCUGCUCGCCUAUGCGGCGAUGCGAGUCUGCACGCCUGAGCGGCGGUGCAAGUCUGCUCGCCUAUGCGGCGGUGCGAGUCUGCUCGCCUACGAGGCGGUGCCAGUCUGCUCGCCUAUGCGGCGAUGCGAGUCUGUACGCCUGCGAGGCGGUGCAAGUCUGCUCGCCUAUGCGGCGGUGCGAGUCUGCUCGCCUACGAGGCGGUGUGAGUCUGCUCGCCUACGAGGCGGUGUGAAUCUGCACGCCUGCGAGGCGGUGCAAGUCUGCUCGCCUACGAGGCGGUGCAAGUCUGCUCGCCUACGAGGCGGUGUGAGUCUGCUCGCCUGCGAGGCAGUAAGCUAUCGGAUAUGCUGAGCUCCAAUCGGCUGCGACACAAGUCUGAUGGAACGACUUGGAAGGCGCAGAAGGUGCAGGAGUCCUGUGGUGCUGCUGCUGGUCUUCGUGGGCGAAGAAUUCUCAUCAGGGAGGCCGAGCUAAUAACCGAUUGUGGUGCUUGCUGUGUCAAGCCCUACGGUCGGUGUCGCGUCACUAGUUGGCGCGGGUGGAGCUGUCAGAGGAUCGUCCGCCAUUACCGCGUCGUGCUGUAAAUUGUACCAAGCUACGCUCUGUUUUCUAAGUGUUAUGUAUUAAAACCUGUAUUUGAUGA